AUGGAAAUGAUUGUGUCUAUCCUUUCGUUGUGCAGCAGUAUGAUAAUUUUGUGCCCCUCAUCCGUGUGGGGAAAUUCUGAAGAUUCUGCCACAACACACCGCUUUCACAUCAACAAUUUCGAAGCUCCUGCACUUGCGCAACCUCGUCCAAGCUUCAACCAUCAACAGCCUUGCCACUGCACCUAUAUCCUGCCAUCCUCGACUCUUUACAACGGCAAUACUACCGAAACCUCCCCUCUCUCUGCCAACCAAUUCGCAGCCAUGUCUGCCAACAAGGGGGCCUACGAAACAACUGCCUCGGACACCGACUUCCGCAAGAAAUACGACCGAGCGGAAUACGCCGCGAAGGCGGCGGAGCGAGAAUCCAAAGAAAAGGAAGAAAGAAAAGCGCGCUAUGAAGCGAAGCUCGCCGGAAAGAAAUACCAUGUGCCCCUCACAGGGAACGAAACUCUUACAGAGGCGCGAGCCUCCCGACUAGAUGUCGCGAGCAAUGUAGGAAAAGUGAUGCUGGUGCCGGCCGGGGCGGCGACGGGGAAGAGAGGUCGUGGAGCGGGUUUCUAUUGCCAGGCUUGCGAUUUGACGUUCAAGGAUAAUUUGCAGUGGGUGGAGCAUGAGAAUAGCAUGCAGCAUCUUCGGGCCAUUGGGCAGACGGGCGAAGUUAGGCGGGCGACGGCGGAGGAUGUGCAUGACAGGAUUACUAUGAUUUGGGAGAAGAUCAUAGACGAGAAGAGGGCAGAUGUUAAGACUCUUGGAGAGAGGUUGGAGGUUAGAAAGAUGGAAGACGAUAAGGAGAGGGAGGAAAGGAGGAGGAAGAGAAGGGACUUGGUGGAGAAGAAGAAGGCUAUUAAAGAGGAGGAGGUUAAGGUUAAGAAGGAAUAUGGGGAUGAUGUGAGGAUUGAGGGCGAGCACGACGAGGACGAUAUGAUGGCUAGCAUGGGUAUUGUUGGAUUUGGAUCCUCGAAGAAAUGA